UCUGUUUUCUUCUUAUAGAGGUUGAGCUCUCUCAAAAUCUCGCAAAACCCAUCUCCGAUUUUCAUCUAUUAUUGUUUCUUUUCAACUAAAUCAAGCUUGGAUAUAUAUACAAAUAUAGCUUCAAUCCAAUAAUACCCAUGACAAAAUGCUCAACAUUUCGCAGAGAGCUCCUCUGCAACUCUAUCAGGAGAGUCCUCAAGCUGGGCAUCUCUUCAAUCCCAUGUAAGUUCCCUGCUCUGCUUCACUCUCACUCUCACUUUCACUUUUCAGUUCUCACCGUUCCAUCAAACAAAGCCCCUGAAACUGAAAAUAAUGGUGAAACUGAGCCCCCAAUACCUGAUGAAAUCUUCAAGUCGAGUCCCAAAUUGGGUUCUUACAAGUUGGGUGAUUCCACUUUCUAUUCACUCAUUGAGAACUAUGCCGACUCUGGUGAUUUUCGGUCGUUAGAGAAGGUUUUAGAUCGAAUGAAACGCGAAAACCGAAGGUUUAUUGAGAAAAGUUUUGUUGUUAUGUUUAGAGCUUAUGGGAAAGCUCAUUUACCCGAAAAAGCUGUUGAAUUGUUUGAUAGAAUGGUGUGUGAGUUUCAAUGUAGGAGGACUGUGAGGUCGUUUAACUCUGUGCUUAAUGUUAUUAUACAAGAAGGUUGUUUUUCUCGGGCAUUAGAGUUUCAUUCGCAUAUUGUGGGUAGUGGGAAUGAGAAUAUUUCACCCAAUGUGCUUACUUUCAAUUUGGUUAUAAAGGCUUUGUGUAAGUUGGGAUUGGUUAAUAGAGCAGUUGAGAUGUUUAGAGAAAUGCCGGUUAGGAAAUGCAUUCCCGAUGUGUUCACGUUUAGUACAUUGAUGGACGGGUUGUGCAGGGAGAAUAGGAUUGACGAGGCAGUUUCACUGUUGGAUGAGAUGCAAAUUGAGGGGUGUUUCCCGAAUGCUGCAACAUUUAACGUUUUGAUCAACGCUAUGUGCAAGAAGGGUGACUUGGCACGUGCUGCAAAGCUCGUUGAUAAUAUGUUUCUCAAAGGGUGCGUUCCUAAUGAAGUGACUUAUAACACCCUCAUCCAUGGUUUGUGCCUCAAGGGCAAGUUGGAGAAGGCAGUGAGUCUAUUGGAUAGAAUGGUAUCGAGUAAAUGUGUGCCUAACGAUGUCACAUAUGGAACACUCAUCAAUGGGCUUGUCAAGCAAGGAAGAACUGUUGAUGGUGCUCAUGUGCUGAUCUCUAUGAAGGAGAGAGGGCAUUGUGCAAAUGAGUAUGUUUAUUCAGCCCUUGUUAGUGGGUUGUUUAGGGAGGGAAAGACUGAAGAGGCAAUGAAAUUGUGGAAGGAGAUGACGGAAAGGGGAUGUAAACCCAAUACUGUUGUUUAUAGUGCUCUUAUAGAUGGUCUGUGCCGAGAAGGAAAGCUGGAUGAAGCAAAAGAAGUUCUCUCUGAGAUGAUGAAUGAGGGUUGCAUGCCCAAUGCUUUCACUUAUAGCUCCUUAAUGAAGGGGUUUUUCCAAACGGGUGAUAGCCUUAAAGCAAUUCUUGUGUGGAAAGAGAUGGCAGAGAAUAACUGUACCCAUAAUGAGGUUUGUUACAGUGUACUUAUUCAUGGCUUAUGUGAGGAUGGGAAGCUUAGGGAUGCCUUGAUGAUGUGGAAGCAGAUGUUGGGCAAGGGAUUUAAACCUGAUGUUGUGGCUUACAGUUCAAUGAUUCAUGGGCUUUGCAAUGCGGGCUUGGUAGAGCAGGGUUUGAAACUUUUCAAUGAUAUGCUUUGUCAAGAGCCUGAAUCGCAACCAGAUGUGAUCACUUAUAACAUAAUUUUCAAUGGUUUGUGCAAGCAGAGUAACAUCUCCCAUGCCAUUGAUCUUCUAAAUAGUAUGCUGGAUCAGGGUUGUGAUCCUGACUUAGUUACAUGCAAUAUUUUUCUGAGAACUUUAAGAGAAAAGGUACACCCACCUCAAGAUGGGAGGGAGUUUUUAGACGAGCUUGCAGCCCGGCUGUUUAAGCGGCAUAGAAUUUUAGGUGCUACCAGAAUUGUAGAUGUGAUGUUGCAAAAGUUUCUGCCUCCUAAAGCCUCUACUUGGGCAAGAGUUGUUCAAGAGCUUUGCAAACCUAAGAAAAUUCAAGCUGCCAUUGACAAGUGUUGGAGCAGCCUAUACUGCUGAUGUCUGAAGCACUUCGAGCAUCCUAAUAUGAAACACAAGUGAGAAGGAAAUUUUAUUAAGGCGUGGCAGACUGAAGGGUAAAGAAUUACAGUAA